CACACGCAAUCGCAAUCCUCUCUCUCUCUUCAGAGUUUUUUCUUCUUCUCUCCUCCGACACGCCCACUGUAAACAGGAUUCACAAAACGCGUCCACCUCUGCUUUAAGGUGAAGAAGGCCCUUCUCUUUGCGCGUGUCCCGUUCUCUUCUCCAAUCCUCCACGAAACCAAAAAACCACCAUUUCUCUUCACAGUCCAUUUAUAUUCGCACCCGAAGAUUGCUUCAAUGGAGGUCAAGCUUUGGAACGACAAGCGCGAGAGAGAGAUGUACGACAAUUUUGCCGAACUCUACGCCAUUAUUAAGGCCACCGAGAAGCUCGAAAAGGCAUACAUCCGCGACAUAAUCCCUUCCUCCGACUACGAAACCGAGUGCUUCAAACUCAUCGCUCAUUUCAAAACCUUGGCCUCGACGCUCAAAGACACAGUCCCCAGCAUCGAACGCUUCGCAGACACUUACAAGAUGGACUGUCCGGCUGCGAUUAACCGUCUUGUGAACUCCGGUGUCCCUGCCACGGUGGAGCACAGGGCAGCCGCCGCCGCCUCCGCCACCACAUCCGCUGCCAUUGUGGCUGAGUGUGUCCAAAACUUUAUUACCGCCAUGGAUUCUUUGAAACUGAACAUGGUGGCAGUGGAUCAGGUGCAUCCUCUGCUCUCGGACCUCUCUGCUUCGUUGAACAAAUUGACCAUUCUGCCGGCGGAUUUUGAAGGGAAGACGAAGAUGAGGGAGUGGCUUGGACGGUUGUCGAAGAUGGGUGCAGCGGACGAGUUGACGGAGCAGCAGGCACGGCAGCUUCACUUUGAUCUUGAAUCUUCUUAUAAUUCGUUUAUGGCGGCUCUGCCGACUGCUGGUACUUGAAUUGAAUGUUAAAUGCCAGAGGAAAGUGAAAAAUACAUUGCAAUGGACCAAGAGCUGCAUUUCUUUUUGGGGCCACUUUAGUGGUGGGUGGGGUAUGUGAGGCUGGAUUUUGGUGGUUUAGUCUUUGGUUUAAUGCCUGGCCCAUCCCAUAUUUGUGGGGUUAGUUUCGCUAUAUUUUAGGCUCUCUCUUUGUUCAGAAAUGUACCUCAUUUGACCAAAAUAUUUGUUUGGAAACUGAGUACUGAAUUAUGUAUGUAAUUCUGAUUGUCGCUAGAAAA